AUGGGUAUCCCUCAGAAAGCCAUUGACUCUGUAAAUGCAAACAAAAUCGGUCUGAAGGGACCGUUGAUGACUCCAGUCGGUAAAGGCUACCGUUCUCUCAACUUGGCACUGCGUAAGGAGUUCGACUUAUAUGCCAACGUCAGGCCCUGCAAAAGCAUGGAGGGCAUCAAAACCUUAUACGACAAUGUAGACGUAGUAACAAUCAGAGAGAACACGGAGGGAGAGUACUCGGGCAUUGAGCACGAGAUCGUGGACGGAGUGGUACAGUCCAUCAAGCUGAUCACCGAGGAGGCGUCCAUGAGGGUCGCGGAGUUCGCCUUCGUAUUCGCCAAGGAGAACAAGAGGAAGAAGGUCACAGCUGUACAUAAAGCUAAUAUUAUGCGUAUGUCAGACGGUCUGUUCCUGCGAUGCUGCCGCGACGUGGCAACCAAGUACCCCGACAUCAAGUUCGAGGAGCGCUACCUCGACACCGUCUGCCUCAACAUGGUGCAAGAUCCCGCCAAGUUCGACGUGUUGGUGAUGCCCAACUUAUACGGUGACAUCAUGUCGGACUUGUGUUCUGGUCUGGUCGGAGGUCUCGGUCUCACGCCCUCGGGCAACAUUGGCAAGAAUGGAGCGCUAUUCGAAUCCGUCCACGGCACAGCUCCCGACAUCGCGGGCAAGGACAUGGCGAACCCCACCGCCCUCCUACUGUCCGCCAUCAUGAUGCUCAGACACCUGAAAUUGCACGAGGACGCCGAGCGCAUACAGAACGCCUGCUACCAAGUACUCAAGGAGGGCAAAGCCCUAACAGGAGACCUCGGAGGCACCGCCAAGUGCAGCGAGUUCACCAACGCCAUCAUCUCCAAACUUUAA